AUGGCUAUCAUGAUGACUGCUCAGCUCGCCCACCCUUCUGUCCGGCAUUUCUCCGCCCAUCGACCGCGUCACCAUAGUCGCACGGCUCGUGCUAUUGCCAUAUCUUACCUCAUCUCCGGCAUGGUAAUUCCUUUCAUCCCGCCGGCUCUUGAAAGCUUGCGUCAGAAGAACUCAGACGUCCCAGACAGCAACAAACCUCACCCCCCUCUCUGCUUCCACGCACGCUAG